AUGUCCGCUCCUGCAUCUGCUUCCUCGACUGAGAUUGAAUUAUCGCCGGGUGAGGUGAACGGACAACAACAGUAUCAUCUCCCCGCGCCACCCGAACUGGAGUACGAGUCUGAAGAAGCUGCUGAAGCCGCGAUUCAUGCUUGGACCAAAGCAAAUCCAUAUAAUGUGUCAAGGAAAAAUGGCUCUAGAUGGUAA